AUGCCUGACGUUGAGCACGGCAGCAUCCAAUCUGGGAAAAUUUUUGAUUCAACAUUUAUUGCGAUGGCGAUGUUUCUGAAGUUAUCCUUCCUAAUCACGUGUUUUGUAAUGGUUAAUUGCAAACCGAGGAAAAGUUAUGAGAAGACUGUGUUACAUGUCAAAGUGAACAAUGAUGGAAUAGUUAAAACUGUGUCAAGUAGUCAAAUCACCACAUACAGCUCCUUUGGGAGCUUCGGUGGUUUCGGAGUCGCUAGAUCCCCG